GGGCUUUCAUUACAAAUUUUACUAUGAGCAGGCGAUAAAUAGAAAACGCUUGAGAAUCAUUUUAGUCGUAUAAUUCUCCAGAAUUUUCCGCGACCACUGACUCAAAUUAUUUUUGUAAUCUUAACGUUGUAAAAAACCACUUCCACCAAUUCUAUACUAGAAUUUUAUGUACGUUAACAGAUAUACCGGAUGUGACAGGCAGCGUAACGAUCUUUAAGGUUAAGUGACAUUACGCUUUUUUUUAUAUCCCGACUUUUUUUUUUAAAUCGCUAAACUAUUCGAAACAAUGCCAACGCCAAACUCUAUCAGCGUAGCUGUGAUAUGUUCUAGCAAUAUGAAUAGAAGCAUGGAAGCUCAUGCCUUCUUGAGUAAAAAGGGUUUCAAUGUUAAAUCCUUUGGAACUGGCGAUAAAGUUAAGCUUCCUGGAAAUGCACCUGAUCGUCCAAACAUUUACGACUUUGGAACUUCGUACGAUGAAAUCUACAAUGACCUUUUAUCUAAAGACAAGCAAUACUAUACACAAAAUGGUUUAUUGCACAUGUUAGAUAGAAACCGUAGAAUAAAACCAAAACCAGAACGAUUUCAGUUAUCCAAGGACAAAUUUGAUAUUUUAAUCACGUGCGAAGAGCGUGUUUAUGAUCAAGUAAUUGAAUGCAUGGAAUCUAGAACUCAGGAAGAUAGUCAACCAGUACAUUUAAUUAAUAUUGAUAUUCAGGAUAAUCAUGAAGAAGCUACAGUUGGAUCGUUCCUCAUUUGUGAAUUAGUCACUGUGCUGGCCAAUAGUGAAGAUUUAGAUAACGAUAUAGAUGAACUACUUCACGAAUUUGAAUCAAAGUUUGCAAGAACGAUCUUACACACGGUACUUUUUUAUUAAGAAGCCUGUUGUAUACCAACAACUUGGUGUUCACCAACGAUUUAACUUAUAAAAGCAGACUAAAUUAUAUAUACUACAAAUGUAUCACCACAUCGUCUGAAUCAGAUUAUGUGAAGCGAAUUCCGUUUUUGCGCAACAAGUAAGAAUUCGAUUCGCGCUUGCUGUUUAAUGAGAUAUUGCUUUCCACGGAAAUCAUUCU